UGACCGUUAGCACAUGAACCUCGUGCACAAUCUCAAGCGAAACAGACGAAACGUUGGGCAGAGACCGACUGAGUUGUUGUCUAUCCCCCAAACCGAGCUAGCUUACACGAUCAACAUGGAGUGGAACCCAAUGGAAAUCAACCCUGAGAUGCUCAACAAGAUGUUGAGCAAGUUAGGCGCGGGAGGAACCUGGCGUUUUUUUGACGUCUUGGGACUGGAGGGGGAGCCCUUAGCUACUGUCCCAAGCCCUUGCUGCGCCCUGAUGCUGCUCUUCCCUCUAACACCGAAGCAUGAGUCUUUCAGAGAGACGCAAGCAAACCAGCUGUCCGGGGAUUCAGAUGUCUACUUUCUGAAACAGACCGUGGUCAAUUCCUGUGGCACCGUCGCUCUCCUGCACACUGUCGCCAACAAUAAAGACAAAGUGGAGUUUAACAGUGACUCUGCUUUGAAGAAGUUUCUCGAUGAGACCGCUGACAUGACGGCUGAGGACCGUGCCAAACAACUAGAGAAAAACCAGGCCAUCCGUGAGGCUCAUGAUGAAGUGGCAGCACAGGGCCAGUGCAGGCCCGCAGCUGAUAAAGUGAACUUCCACUUCAUUGCCUUUGUCAAUGUGAAUGGAAAGCUUCAUGAGCUUGAUGGACGAAUGGAUGGACCUGUAUCACAUGGAUCCACCAAGGAUACUUCGUUCUUAUCGGAUGCUGCAAGGGUGUGUCGUGGAUUCAUGGAAAGAGAGAAAGGUGAAGUUCGCUUCUCUGCAGUGGCACUUUGUCAGGCUUAAACUCAUCAGGGGAUUGCUGGGUGUCAUUUCAAAGUAACACUACAUUACACCAAGCACACAUGAGGAAUCAAAGAUUUACCUUGACGUUAGAAUGACUGGUACACACACACACACACACACACAUGUGAAAAUGCACUAUAGAUACAAAUGGCUCCACAAUGCUUGCAAAGCUCAACAAGAAAAUCCCUCAAAGCAGAAUGUUUUCUUGCACACAUUUAAACAAUUUCACGAAAGAAUGCUGCCUCUUGUCAACUGUUGCUUAGUAGCAAAAAGGCCUUUUUAUGUGACUACUAUUUUUUUCACUUUGAGUUUCGGUUUGUUAUUGUUGAGCCGUGAUUUUUCUAAGUCGAGACAUACUGAUGCACAAGUGCCUUCAGAGGCAACACUAUGAAUACCAGUAAAUUAGAGGAAUGUCGAGAGAACUGUUACGGUUCUAAAAGUUGGAUUUAGUCGGUUUGGACAUUCGGAUGGAAGGGGAAAGGUCACUCGGUUGUCCAAAAACAAUUGGAUGUAGUCAGUGGUGUGAGUUAUGCACUGUAAUUUGAGAAAAACAAAGCUUGUAUUGAAAAUGUGUUUAAACAAAUACUGGUUAUGUCGAUGGAUGAACUGGUGGUUACCUUUUUUUUGUUAAAUAUGAACCACAGUUGUGUUAGAUUGCACUUUAUUUUGGAUGUUAAGUUAUUAUACUAAUUGUGGUCAUGCCAGUAUGCUAUUGACAAUUGCCUUAUUGUGAAAUGUUAGAUUACAUUGAACCUAAACUGCCGAACAAGAAGGGGCCCAAACAACCGUUUCUUGGGAUGUAAUACUGUUAUUUUUAGGUGAUGGCAUUUCUAGGCUGUGUUCAAAUACCUUUUUGCAGCCUCUCUGUUCUUGGUGUUGGCAAUGCAGUUGUGACUAUUCAAUAAAGCAGUUCAAAACAA